AUGGGAUUCUUUUCACCUGGUGGUAGCUGGAAAUAUUUGUCUGUUAAAGUAAGCACUAUGGAUGCUGAUCUGGAGAAAAUUACCGUGGAGCCAGACUGUACAGGACGACAGCUGUUUGAUACGGUUUGCAGGAUUAUUGGUCUAAGGGAAAUUUGGUUUUUUGGUUUGCAGUUUGUGAAUAAAAAAGGGAUUCCGUGCUGGUUACAAAUGGAUAAGAAAAUAAGUAAACAGGAAGUGCCUAAACAAGAAGAUGGUUCGAUGCAUCUCAUAUUUCUUGUGAAGUUUUAUCCAGAAGAUGUCGAAGAAGAACUUAUACAAGAUAUAACGCGUCAUCUUUUCUUCCUUCAAAUCAAACAAAGUAUUCUAAGUAUGCAACUAUAUUGUUCUGCUGAAGCAUCUGUUCUUCUUGCAUCAUACGCUGUACAGGCAAUUCAAGGUGACUGUGUGGAAAGUUCGAAAUUGCAAUUAAGUGAGUUAUUGCCGGAAUGUGUAAUCAAACAGUACGAUAUGACACCACAAAUGUGGGAGGAACGUAUCAAACGGUGGUGGAUAAAUAAUAGUGGGCAAAGCAGGGAAGAUGCAGAAAUGGAAUAUCUGCGGGUUGCACAAGACUUAGAAAUGUAUGGAAUUCAGUACUACCCUAUAUGUAAUAACAAAGAAACGGAUUUAACACUCGGUGUAUCUGCACAAGGAAUUGGGAUUUACAAAGAAUCUAAUCGAAUUACACCACGGCCAUUCUUCUCCUGGAGCGAGAUUAAGAACAUUUCAUUCAAAAAUAAAGUAUUUAAUAUGAGGACAAUGGACAAAAGUACGAUUACAUUUCGUGCAAAAGAUAUCUCUAUCAAUAUGAGCAUAUUGGAUUUAUGCGUUGGUACCCAUAAUUUAUACUUACGAAGACGUCAGCCAGAUUUGCUCGAAGUGCAGCAAAUGAAAGCUCAAGCUAAAGAGCAGAGAAUUAGACGAAUUCAAGAACAAAACCGUUUAUCUCGUGAACGAGAACAGCGUAUACAGGCAGAAGCAGAGCGAGAUCGAUAUAAAAAUGAAAUAGCCGCAAUCAACGAACAACUACGCAACAUGAAGGAGGCUAUGAAAAAAACCGAGGAAAAUGCGCAUUUAAUGGCAGAAAAAGCGCGAGUAUCUGAAGAAGAGGCUCUUGUAUUAUCAAAAAGAGCUAGCGAAGCUGAAGCAGAAUGUCAGCGCAUGAAACUUUCACAAAUCAAGGUAGAAGCUCAAAUUUACACUUUUUUUUGGAGUUCAAAAUUAUGUUUGUGCUAUGGAUGGGGUAAAGGAUUAUAA